GUCUUUCCUGUAGGCGAGAACGGAAGCGGAAAUUCGGCCAUCUCCUCGUACAUUCAGGCUUCAACAGGUUUCCGUCGUCUAUCAUCUGGUUUUCAGACCCAAUGUCGUCACGGGAAGAAAAAGAUAAACUGAGACAAAACGCUCCAUGAAUGAGUGGUGGCCAAGGUUGAGAAACAAAAGUUUACAAAGAGGGGGACCUUUUCUUCACUUCACUACUUGAGAAACAGAUAUUGAUACUGAAGUCUGUGGCUAGACAGUUGCCAUGUCGACCUCUUCGCUGCGGCGACAAGUAAAGAACAUCGUCCACAACUAUUCAGAGGCUGAAAUCAAGGUUAGAGAGGCAACAUCCAAUGACCCAUGGGGCCCCAGCAGCUCUCUUAUGUCAGAGAUAGCAGAUCUGACCUACAAUGUUGUGGCCUUCUCAGAAAUCAUGAGCAUGGUGUGGAAACGACUGAAUGACCAUGGAAAGAACUGGAGACAUGUCUACAAGGCUAUGACUCUUAUGGAGUAUCUGAUCAAGACAGGCUCAGAGCGCGUAGCUCAACAGUGUCGGGAAAACAUUUAUGCAGUCCAGACUCUGAAGGAUUUUCAGUACAUAGACAGGGAUGGCAAAGACCAGGGUCUGAAUGUGAGAGAGAAAGCUAAACAGCUGGUGACAUUGUUAAAAGAUGAAGAGAAACUAAGAGAAGAAAGGAUCCAUGCCCUUAAAACCAAAGAGAAAAUGGCACAGACCACCAGUGCCUCCUCGGCCCCCUCAGCGCCCAGCCUUGGGGGCAGCCUGUCCAUGGGCUCUCAUUCUGGAGAUCCUGACCAGGCAUGGCCACAAAGCUCUGGAGAGGAAGACCUUCAGCUUCAGUUGGCGUUGGCAAUGAGUAAAGAGGAGGCAGAGCAGACUAGCGCGGACCCUCUGGAGGAUGCAGAGCUUCGCUAUGCAAUGACACUCAGCAAAGAGAUUCACCAAAAGGAGGAGCGGCUGCGGAGAGGCGACGACCUGAGACUGCAGAUGGCCAUUGAGGAGAGCAAGAGAGAGAAACCAAAACCAGAAGAGAGUGCUCUCAUGGAGCUGAGUGCAGUGGACCCCUGGGGGGCUCCUGCUAACGCCACUGUGAGCUCUGCUGGCCCUUCCCCUCCCCUCCCACUAUCUGGCUCCUCCGCCUCCGGCCCAUGGGGUCCAGCUCCCACAGAUCCAUGGGGAGUAGCUUCACCCACGUCCCCUACGAGCACUGACCCCUGGGGUGGAGGAACCGCGCCCCCUGUAGCCCCUCCUCCAGACCCCUGGGGGGAGACAUCAAACAAAGUUAACAAUGUCGACCCUUGGGGAAACUCAGCCAUCACCCCACCCAGUGCUGACCCCUGGGGCUCCCCUGUGCCACCCAGCACGUCCUCCUCAGGGGGACCGGUGGACCCCUGGGCAAAGGAUGGGCCUGUCCCCGCCUCUGACCCUAUCACCUCCGACAUCUGGAGUGGCUCCGCCAAACACACUAAUGGCACAGGGGAUCCAGAGCGAAGAGGCUCCUCAACAACGGGCUGCGACAGCACGGUCUCACCGGUGCCCUUUGACCUGUCGUCACUCGGCUCUUCGCUUCCUGUUCGUAAAACUCCGGAGUCGUUCCUCGGCCCCAACGCGGCGCUCGUUGAUCUCGAUUCCCUGGUUUCGUCUAAACCCAAACCCAAACAGCCGCCGCCUCCUUCCAUCUCGGCCUCUUCGUCGAACAACCCCUUCCUUCAGAGCACGGGCUCGUCUGCUGCUCCUGGCAUGGCCGUGACUCCAGGCAGCACCAUCUCCAGCAGGGGCGUUUCACCAACACCCGUCUCCUCCAACCCGUUCGGCGUGGCCCCAUCCAUGACCUCCAUCUCCCCCCAGCCUUCGUCCCUUGGCCUGAGCGGCCUGCGUACCAGUCCUGUGCCUCCCAACCCCAUGCUGGGCAUGGUCCAACCAGGAAUGGGUCUGGGGCCGAUGAGCAUAGGAAUGGGGGCCCCCGGUAUGGGCCUGGGCAUGAUGCAAGCCAGCCCAAUGGGGAUGCCGUUCAGCGGGCUCUCCCCGAUGGGACCCCCGGGCUCUGCCCUUUUGGGGCCCGGAGCUAUGCCACCCCCUCAGCAGAUUUUGGGUGGGCCCGCAGGAGCAGGAGGAAUGAUGGGAGCAGGAGGCUCCAUGGGCAGCGGAGGAACGGCGGGAGCAAGCACCAAUCCGUUUCUUCUUUGAGGACGCGUCACCACUACUUUGCUCACCUUUCUGCCUCAGCUGUCGUACCUGCUUCCCCCUUCAUUCAUUCUUCGACACCCCUCAAACUCUCCCAACACAAGAUUUAUCCACAAAGAAAGACGUCUACAUUAAAAAGAACAAAAAUGUUUAUUUUCCUUUAAAGGCAUAAUUUCAUUUCAGAUUAUUGUUCCACUUUUUUGGUCCCUUUCAUUUCAAAAUUUGUGUCAAAUAGAAGUAUUUAUUUCCAAUCUGUUUCUGUUCUGUAUUUUCUGUUUCUGUCCAGUCUUUUGUUGAGAUGAAAGGUGAGUCAGUGAGAGCAGGGAGUUUUUUUUUUUGUUGUUUUUUUUUUUCCGUAGUGUCACUCUCCACUCAUAGUACUACUGCACACGAGAGGGAGCCGGAGGAAGAGGUCACACAGCCACUAACGAACUGAGCAGAGAAACUGUCGUACCUCACUCUUCCUCCUCCUUCUCUCCCUCCUUCUAGAGCGAAGACAAACACUGAAUCACUGAAAUGAAACGAGUGCAUGAAGGAUGAUUUUUAAACGGAGCCCCAGACUGAGAUAAAAAAAAACCUGCAUUAACAUUUCGGUCACAAUGUGGUCAAACUGUCUCAACCGGUUCACUUUUAAUUUAAUUUAAUGUUGAGUGUAACUUAUUUUUUUCCAAUACCUGGGAACAAAUAAACAAGGAAGAUCAUGCGAUGAUGCCAUUGAAAUCAGAUGCUUAUAUAUUUUUUUUUUCUACAACAGUAGGGGGGGGAGCUCUGACGUGUGCUCUGAUGGCAGGAAAAACAAACUGAGUGUGUUUGCGGCUGAGGGCGAAUGAGAACACAAAUGCUUAUUUAUCAGAUGCCAGUUUGUUUGUUUCAGUACUUUGUCCCAUUUCUCCUUGUGUCUGAUCUCAUUUCAGCGACUCUGAAUGGAAAAAAAAAAGCAUUUCUGAAAAUUGUCACCUGUGAUGAUAUGUAAGGUUGGAUUUUAAAUGAGGUAUUUUAUGGGUCCUGUGAUUUCUCUGCCAAUCUUUUAUUUUUAAUUACCUAUUUCAGCUAGGACACCUGGAGUUCAGGCGACCCAAAGCAACACUGUCCUCAUGUUUCAUCCUCUUUUUCUUUGUGAAGGGAGCUUCAGCCGACGCUUCUUCAAAGAGACAAUUAUUUCAUUGAGUGAACGGAGACAACACAGGGACAUGAAAACAUGCUCCAUACUGCUCUUUUAAUUUAGCUGGAUGAAUUUAUUAUUUUAUAUCAAGAGAAGUAUCUUUUAUUGGGUAAGUUUGACUUUUGUGUGGUGUCAACAUGUGAACAUUCACAUUUGAAAAGAAAAAUUGAGAAAAAAAAUCUACAGAAAUUUAUGAAAUAAAACAAAACCAGGGA